CAAGCGUCUCGUCGCACCGUCUUUCACCAUGGCGAGCAAACAAAUCACUCUCUUUGACCUGCGCAGCAAAGCGCCUAACCACGCGUGGUCUCUCAACCCGUGGAAGACCCGCCUGCUUCUCAACUACAAGGGGCUUGACUACAAAACAGAAUGGCUCAACUAUCCCGAGAUCAAACCCCGCCUCGAAGCCCACGUCUCUCCCAACGCCGAAGGCUACGCAUACAGUAUCCCAACCGUGGCCUUUCCUGACGGCACCUGGGUCAUGGACUCGCGGGCCAUCGCCGCCGCCAUCGAGGAGCGUCACCCCUCUCCUCCCGCGCACCUCUCCUCUCCGUACCAGGCGCGCAUCGAGGCCCUUGUCCCCGCGGCGAUGAAGGCCCUCCUACCCGUCUUGUAUCCGCAGAUCCCGCGGAGCCUACUCGAGCCAGCCAGCAUCGAGUACUGGUACCGCGUGCGCUCUGAAAAGGUCGGCAUGCCCAUCGACGAGUUCGAAGCCAAAUACGGCGGCGAUGCGGCGUACGCGGCCGCCACGAAGCCUCUGCGAGACAUCACGUCCCUGUACGCGGAGAAAGCCAGCGACGGACCGUUUCUGCAGGGCAAGGAGCCGUGCUACGCUGACUUUGCGUGGAUUGCGUUUCUGGAGUUCACGCGCCGCGUUGGCGAGGACGUCUACGAGGGCGUGCUAGACAGGGCAGGGGACAGGACGGUGCAUGAGAAGCUGAUGAAGGCUGCUGCGCCGUGGCUGGAGCGAAAUGAUCACUGACAAGCUCCAAACUCUCCAAGCCCAUUAUUUUCAGUGCUAAAUUGAAAGUCCCAGUCCACGCAGAACCAUUCAUUACUUGUUGAGAAACCGUAGGCGACCGGGG